AUGGCCCGCCGCGCCUUGGGCGCCCGCCGCUGCAGCCGCCGCCCUUGUCGCCAUCGCCCCCUCGACGCUGGGCAGCCGCAGGCCGCCGCCGCGACGGAUCCGCCCGUGGGCGGUGCGGAUCCGCACGCGGGGGGCGCGGACACGGCGUGUGCCGCCGCCGCCGCGCAGGGGGCCGCCGCCACCUUCCUCCUCUCCCUGCGCGCGGCUCCCCUUCCAGCGGCCUCCGCAACCGACGACAGCGCCGCCGCCCCUACGCGCGGCUCCCUGGUGGAUCCAGUCCAACUCCGGCCGCCACCCCUCCGAGUGUCUCCGUCCCAGCCGGCAUCGAACCCCGCCGUCACUGCGCCGCCGCCGCUGCCUAGGGGCUCUGCCCCCUGGGCGCUGUCGCCACCCAGGGGCAGGGCCCCUUCUCCUGGGCCGCCGCCGCCCAGGGGCGCCGCCCAGGCCCCUGCGCUGCUGCUCCCCUGA